AGUAAAAUUUAUUGGGUUUAGCCGAACCUCUUCAUUGGGUAAACACUCUGUAUUGAGCACUCUGUGCGCACUGAGUAAGUUCCCACAGUAUAAUAGCUUACAAACCACAUGGAAUGUAAACUGCACUAGACAAGUUCUGUGCGUCAGGCUCGAUCCAGACCAUUUGCAUGGAUGACCGCCCUCCAAACCAACUGGGCCAUCCCGAAGGGACCCCGUGCGUACGAUUGCUAUUAUAAAUCUCAGAAAAAACGUUGUUUGCUGCAUGCAAAAAGUCGACGUACAGAAAAUAAGAGCGCGAGAGAGAGAAAGAAAGAAAGAUGGAAAAGGUUCUUGAGAAACCGCUAUUACAUUAUGAUGGAUCAUUAUCUGUUUUUAGAGAAGGAGAUGUGGCUGUGAAAAUAACAAAGGUGAAAAAUGGAUCAUUAAAUAAUGAUAAUCUUUCACCCCCAACUUCAUUGUUAGUUGUUUCACCAAUCAUACCAGGAACUUAUCCAGUUUUACUCUUUUUUCAUGGCUUCGUUCUCAAGCCUAUAUGGUACAAGUCUCUCCUUCAACAUAUUUCUUCCCACGGCUAUAUAGUUGUUGCUCCACAGUUUUCUCCUGUGGCUUCUGAAAUCCAGGAAGUGAAAAAAGCAGCCAAAGUUACAGAAUGGGUAAGCAAUGGCGCCCUCGAAUCCGUUCUCCCGGAGAAAGUGCAGCCGGAUUUACUCAAGCUCGCCGUCUCCGGCCACAGCAGAGGUGGUAAAACAGCAUUUUCACUAGCUUUAGGAUAUGGCGACCUCUCCAGCUCAACCCCAACGCCUAUCAAAUUUCAAGCUCUUCUAGGAAUCGAUCCAGUUGCAGGUUCUUCUCCGUCCAGCCAAUCUGCUCCGAAAAUUCUCCAAUAUAUUCCUCGAAAUUUCGAUCAGACGGUCCCUGUGGCGGUGAUCGGCGCCGGCUUGUCAAAUCAACGUGCGCAUUAUAUCUUCCCACCCUUUGCACCAAACGGUGUCAACCAUUCGGAGUUUUUUAACGAGUGCAAACCACCUUGCUAUUAUUUUCUUGCUAAGGAUUAUGGACAUACUGAUAUUUUAGAUGACAAAAUUGCUGCAAUUGCGAGUUUGGUUGCAAAGAGUGGGAAGGGAUCAAAGGACCUUAUGAGAAAGGCUGUUGGAGGGAUUGUCGUGGCAUUUCUUGAGGCUAAAUUAGGAGGGAAAGUAGAUAAUCUAAAUGCCAUUGUUCAAGAACCUUCUCUUGCUCCCAUCACCCUUGAUCCAGUCAUAUCUGUCAAAUAAUUUUUUCUUGUAAUUGUUUUGUGUUAUUGAUUUUAAAUAGUUGUUCAUAUUGGACGACCACAAAGUAUUCUGUCUCUCAAGAAUAAGUUCAGAUUAAUAUAUAUAUGCAAUGACAGUAUAAGAAGUUACUACAUA